AGAACUGACGUCAUCUUUAAAAGGCAACCGUUCUUUACUAUUAGGUAAAACCACGUGGGAGUGUGCGUGUGUGAACUAACCUAGCUAGAGUUGGUAAUGAGAGGUUGUUGAUGAAGAAUUAUAAUCUGCAGCUUCUUUUAAAAUGUCUGCUGGAGAGGUAGCAAGCUUUACCAUAAUCGACUACGUCGUAUUUGCACUUGUUUUGGUCAUUUCUGCUGCUAUUGGGAUAUACUACGGUUUCAAGGAUGGGGGACAACAAACCACUCAAAAAUUCUUGAUGGCAGACCGCUCAAUGCGUUUCUUCGCGGUCGGAUUUUCUUUACUGGCUAGUUGGAUGUCAGCUAUAGCUUUGCUUGGUACACCGGCUGAAUGCUAUCUUUUUGGUACAGAAUUUUGGGUUGUUAUUUUGUCGUAUCCUCUAAUGACAAUGCUCACCGCACAUUGUUAUAUACCUGUGUUUUAUCGACUUAAACUUACAAGUGUUUAUGAGUAUCUUGAACUACGAUUUAGUAUCUUGGUUCGUGUUAUAGCAACUGGAGCAUUUAUAUUUUAUAUGGUAAUGUACAUGUCAGUUGUUCUCUAUGCACCAGCUCUGGCACUUAAUGCAGUGACUGGCUUGAGUUUAUAUGGAUCCAUUGUUGGCAUUGGACUAGUCUGUACUUUCUAUACUUCUUUGGGUGGAUUGAAAGCUGUAAUCUGGACAGAUGUCUUCCAAUCGUGUAUCAUGUUCAUCGGUUUGCUGACGAUCAUCAUCCAAGGAAGUGUUGCCCUUGAUGGCUUUGGAAACAUUUGGGAAAUCAACAAACAAAAUGGCAGGAUAAAUACUUGGGACUUUAGUGUUGACAUCACAAAUCGCCAUACAGUUUGGAAUCUGAUAAUUGGUGGAACAUUUACUUGGCUGGGUAUUUUUGGGUGCAACCAGGCUUCGGUGCAACGUUACCUCAGCUGUCCAACAUUAAGAGAUGCAAAACUGUCAUUGUAUUUUAACCUGCCUUUGAUGUCCCUGUUGAUAAGUUUGACCAUGAUGUGUGGACUGGUUAUAUUUGCCAUGUAUGCUGAUUGUGAUCCCAUAAAGGCUGGUUAUGUCAGCAAGGCAGAUCAGCUUCUUCCAUUCUAUGUCAUGGAUCAACUUGGCUUCAUCAAGGGGUUGCCUGGCUUGUUUGUGGCUGCAAUAUUUAGUGGUGCUCUUAGUACGGUGUCAUCUGGGUUGAACUCGCUCGCUGCUGUCACGUUAGAGGACGUCAUUAAACCGUUUCAGCGUGGUAGAAACAUGGCCUUCCUGCCAGAUCCAACAGCUACUUUAGUAACUAAAAUUCUAGCCUGUUGUUAUGGUGUUGUAGCAAUAGGGAUGGCAUUUGCUUCAUCUAAGCUAGGCCCAGUACUGCAAGUUGCUCUUAGUCUGCUUGGGGUCAUUGGAGGACCUAUAUUGGGUGUUUACAGUCUAGGCUUAUUCUUUCCUUGGGCUAAUAAAUGGGGUGGGCUAAUCGGAUUACUGUCUGGGUUUGGCUUAUCCUUCUGGAUAAGUAUCGGUGCUUAUUUCUAUCCGCCAACUAAUCCUACUUUACCGACAUCAGUUGAUGGUUGUUACGAAAGUGAAAAUGCGACAUUUACGACAAUGACGAUGAUAUCCACUGCAGUUCCCACUGCUGGACCACCUGAUCCACCGAUUGCUGAUUUGUACCAUGUCUCCUACAUGUGGUACAGUGCCAUUGGCUGCCUAACUGUUGUUGUUGUUGGUUUGAUAACAAGUUUUAUUACUGGUCGCACGGAUCCAAAAGAGGUCAAUCCCAAACUGAUUUCGCCAAUUGUUGAAACAGUCUUCUGUUGUAUGCCAGAAUCAUGGAGGGAAACUGUGAGAUGCGGAGUAGAGUUUGGCUACGAUGAUGAUCUCAAAGAAGAGGAGAAUGCUUCUGGUGACUACUCAGGUCGUGAAGAAGACCAGAGAAAAAUAAAUGAGAAAUUAGAAUUGCACAUAAUGAAUGGUGUAGAUACUCACUUAUGAAGAGGAAAGGUUUCAAUUCUUUUCGUCUUUUUAGUAUGCACCAUUUUAUCAGGUCUCUUUUGAAACAGCACCACCAAUGCUGGGGAGACGUCCAACAGCCUAGCCUGAGCAAAUUUCGUUUUUCCAGACACCGAUCUUCUUUUGAGUAUUUUGACAACCAAAAACACUGCCAGUUUUAUGCCCCCUUUUUUUCUUUUUUUCUUUUUGCCAUUUGUUGUGUCACCAAUCACAGAACACUGGUAACUGCAUAGAGCAAAAUGUGUAGUCCUCUGGAUGUCCCCAGUGGUAGUUGCCAGGUAUUCAUUUACUAAUUUAAUUUGGUGUUCAAUGUGUUCCAAAUGAGUUUGAUCCAAUGACCAGGGUAGUAACAUGAAGCGCUUGGAGGCCUUGUAAAGGCAUGAAGCGCUAUAUAAGAACGACAUAUUAUUAUUAUUCAGAAAUUUUCAUUUCAAAUUUAGCGAAAAUGGUGUGUGUAAUUAUUAGCAUGGAUUUUGUCUUGUAUUCUAAGCUAGAACAGCAUGUAUGCAUUGUGAAUAUGAUUCAGAAUGUUGCUCGUAAUGCACCGAUUCCUUGUGUGCUUAGAAAUCGCUAGUAUUUUAACUAAAUAAAAACCAAAUUAUUCGAA